GGACGGGCUCACGUCUCCUCCUCACACUGCAGCUGCUGGGCCGUGGAGCUUCCCCAGGGAGCCAGGGGACUUUUGCCGCAGCCAUGAAGGGGGCAUGCUGGACGAGGGUCCCCUGGGUGUCCCUGAGCUGCCUGUGUCUCUGCCUCCUUCCGCAUGUGGUCCCAGGAACCACAGAGGACACAUUAACAACUGGAAGUAAAACUCCUGCCCCAGUCACCUCAACAGGCUCAACAACAGCGACACUAGAGGGACAAUCAACUACAGCUUCUUCAAGGACCUCUAAUCAGGACAUAUCAGCUUCAUCUCAGAACCACCAGACUAAGAGCACGGAGACCACCAGCAAAGCUCAAACUGACACCCUCACACAGAUGAUGACAUCAACUCUUUUUUCUUCCCCAAGUGUACACAAUGUGAUGGAGACUGUUCCUCAGGAGACAGCUCCUCCAGAUGAAAUGACCACAUCAUUUCCCUCCAGUGUCACCAACACACUCAUGAUGACAUCAAAGACUAUAACAAUGACAACCUCCAUAGACUCCACUCUUGGAAACACAGAAGAGACAUCAACAGCAGGAACUGAAAGUUCUACCCCAGUGACCUCAGCAGUCUCAAUAACAGCUGGACAGGAAGGACAAUCACGAACAACUUUCUGGAGGAACUCUGCCCAAGACACAUCAGCUUCUUCUCAGAACCACUGGACUCGGAGCACGCAGACCACCAGGGAAUCUCAAACCAGCACCCUAACACACAGAACCACUUCAACUCCUUCCUUCUCUCCAAGUGUACACAAUGUGACAGGGACUGUUUCUCAGAAGACAUCUCCUUCAGGUGAAACAGCUACCUCAUCCCCCUCUAGUGUCACAAACACAUCCAUGAUUACAUCAGAGAAGAUAACAGUGACAACCUCCACAGGCUCCACUCUUGGAAACCCAGGGGAGACAUCAGUACCUGUUACUGGAAGUCUUAUGCCAGUCACCUCAGCAUCCUUAGUAACAGUUGAUCCAGAAGGACAAUCACCAGCAACUUUCUCAAGGACUUCUACUCAGGACACAACAGCUUUUUCUAAGAACCACCAGACUCAGAGCAUGGAGACCACCAGAGUAUCUCAAAUCAACACCCUCAACACCCUCACACCGGUUACAACAUCAACUGUUUUAUCCUCACCAAGUGGAUUCAACCCAAGUGGAACAGUUUCUCAGGAGACAUUCCCUUCUGGUGAAACAACCACCUCAUCCCCUUCCAGUGUCAGCAAUACAUUCCUGGUAACAUCAAAGGUGUUCAGAAUGCCAACCUCCAGAGACUCUACUCUUGGAAACACAGAGGAGACAUCACCAGCUGUAAGUGGAACCAUUUCUGCAAUCACUUCCAAAGUUUCAACCAUAUGGCGGUCAGACACUCUGUCAACAGCACUCUCCCCCAGUUCUCUACCUCCAAAAAUAUCCACAGCUUUCCACACCCAGCAGAGUGAAGGUGCAGAGACCACAGGACGGCCUCAUGAGAGGAGCUCAUUCUCUCCAGGUGUGUCUCAAGAAAUAUUUACUCCACAUGAAACAACAACAUGGGCUUCCUCAUUCUCCAGCAAAGGCCACACAACUUGGUCACAAACAGAACUGCCCUCAACAUCAACAGGUGCUGCCACUAGGCUUGUCGCAGGAAAUCCAUCUACAGGGACAGCUGGCACUCUUCCAAGGGUCCCCUCUGAGGUCUCAGCAAUAGGGGAACCAGGAGAGCCCACCACAUACUCCUCCCACAGCACAACUCUCCCAAAAACAACAGGGGCAGGUGCCCAGACACAAUGGACACAAGAAACGGGGACCACUGGAGAGGCUCUUGUCAGCAGCCCAAGCUACAGUGUGACUCAGAUGAUAAAAACGGCCACAUCCCCAUCUUCUUCACCUAUGCUGGAUAGACACACAUCACAACAAAUUACAACGGCACCAUCAACAAAUCAUUCAACAAUACAUUCCACAAGCACCUCUCCUCAGGAAUCACCAGCUGCUUCCCAAAGAGGUCACACUCAAGCCCCGCAGACCACACAAGAAGCACAAACCACGAGGUCCGUCUCCCCCAUGACUGACACCAAGACAGUCACCACCCCAGGUUCUCCCUUCACAGCCAGUGGGCACUCGCCCUCAGAAAUUGUUCCUCAGGACGCACCCACCAUAAGUGUAGCAACAACCUUUGCCCCAGCUCCCACCGGGGAUGGUCACACAACCCAGGCCCCGACCACAGCACUGCAGGCAGCACCCAGCAGCCAUGAUGCCACCCUGGGGCCCUCAGGAGGCACGUCACUUUCCAAAACAGGCGCCCUUCCUCUGGCCAACUCUGUAGUGUCAACACCAGGGGGCCCAGAAGGACAAUGGACAUCAGCCUCUGCCAGCACCUCACCUGACACAGCAGCAGCCAUGACCCAAACCCACCAGGCUGAGGGCACAGAUGCCUCUGGACAAACACAGACCAGCGAACUGGCCUCCUCAGGGUCAGGAACCACCUCAGCCGGCACAGCUACCCCUUCCUCAUCCAGGGCGAGCGGCACAACACCUUCAGGAAGUGAAGGAAUAUCCACCUCAGGAGAGACGACAAGGUUUUCAUCAAACCCCUCCAGGGACAGUCACACAACCCAGUCAACAACCGAAUUGCUGUCAGCCUCAGCCAGUCAUGGUGCCACCCCAGUAAGCACAGGAAUGGCGUCUGCGAUCGUCCCCGGCACCUUUCAACCCACCCUUUCUGAGGCCUCCACUGCAGGGAGACUGACAGGACAGUCAAGCCCAACUUCUCCCAGCGCCUCUCCUCAGGAGACAGCCGCCAUUUCCCGGAUGGCCCAGACUCAGGGGACAGCAACCAGCAGAGGGUCUGACACCAUCGGCCUGGCGUCCCAGGCGACCGACACCUUCUCAACAGUCACACCCACACCUCCUUCGAUCACAUUCAGGGGGAUUACAUCUCCACAAACCGAGACCCACACUCUGUCACCUUCAGGGUCUGGUAAAACCUUCAUCACGGCCCUCAUCAGCAACACCACCCCUCUUCCUGUCACUGACGCUUCCUCAGUAUCCACAGGUCACGCCACCUCUCUUCCUCUCACCGACGCUUCCUCAGCAUCCACAGGUGACACCACUCCACUUCCUGUCACCGACGCUUCCUCAGUAUCCACAGGUGACACCACCCCUCUUCCUGUCACCAGCCCUUCCUCAGUAUCCACAGGUCACACCACCCCUCUUCCUGUCACUGACACUUCCGCAGUAUCCACAGGUCACGCCACCUCUCUUCCUCUCACCGACGCUUCCUCAGCAUCCACAGGUCACGCCACCCCACUUCCUGUCACCGACGCUUCCUCAGCAUCCACUGGUGACACGACCCCUCUUCCUGUCACCAGCCCUUCCUCAGUAUCCACAGGUCACACCACCCCUCUUCCUGUCACUGACGCUUCCUCAGCAUCCACAGGUCACGCCACCCCUCUUCCUGUCACCGACGCUUCCUCAGCAUCCACAGGUCACGCCACCCCUCUUCCUGUCACCGAUGCUUCCUCAGCAUCCACAGGUGACACCACCCCUCUUCCUGUCACCAGCCCUUCCUCAGUAUCCACAGGUCACACCACCCCUCCUCCUGUCACCAGCCCUUCCUCAGUAUCCACAGGUAACACCACCCCUAUUCCUGUCACCAGCCCUUCCUCAGCAUCCACAGGUGACAGCAUCCCUCUUCCUGUCACUGACGCUUCCUCAGUAUCCACAGGUCACACCACCCCUCUUCCUGUGACCAGCCCUUCCUCAGCAUCCACAGGUCACACCACUCCUUUUCUUGUCACCGACGCUUCCUCAGCAUCCACAGGUGACACCACCCCUCUUCCUGUCACCGACGCUUCCUCAGUAUCCACAGGUCACACCACCCCUCUUCCUGUCACCAGCCCUUCCUCAGUAUCCACAGGUCACGCCACCCCUCUUCCUGUCACCAGCCCUUCCUCAGUAUCCACAGGUCACGCCACCCCUCUUCCUGUCACUGACGCGUCCUCAGCAUCCACAGGUGACACCACCCCUCUUCCUGUCACCGACGCUUCCUCAGUAUCCACAGGUGACACCACACCUCUUCCUGUCACUGACGCUUCCUCAGUAUCCACAGGUGACACCACCCCUCUUCCUGUCACCAGCCCUUCCUCAGUAUCCACAGGUGACACCACCCCACUUCCUGUCACUGACGCUUCCUCAGUAUCCACAGGUGACACCACCCCUCUUCCUGUCACCAGCCCUUCCUCAGCAUUCACAGGUGACACCACCCCUGUUCCUGUCACCAGCCUUUCCUCAGUAUCCACAGGUGACACCACCCCUCUUGCUGUCACCGACGCUUCCUCAGCAUCCACAGGUCACGCCACCCCUAUUCCUGUCACCAGACCUUCCUCAGUAUCCACAGGUGACACCACCCCUCUUCCUGUCACCAGCCCUUCCUCAGCAUUCACAGGUGACACCAUCCCUCUUCCUGUCACCAGCCGUUCCUCAGCAUCCACAGGUGACACCACCCCUGUUCCUGUCACCAGCCUUUCCUCAGUAUCCACAGGUCACACCACCCCUCUUCCUGUCACCAGCCCUCCCCCAAUAUCCACAGGUGACACCACACCUCUUCCUGUCACUGACGCUUCCUCAGUAUCCACAGGUCACACCACCCCUCUUCCUGUCACCAGCCCUCCCCCAAUAUCCACAGGUGACACCACCCCUCUUCCUGUCACCGACGCUUCCUUAGUAUCCACAGGUGACACCACCCCUCGUCCUGUCACCAGCCCUUCCUCAGCAUUCACAGGUCACACCACCCCUCUUCCUGUCACUGACGCUUCCUCAGUAUCCACAGGUCACACCACCCCUCUUCCUGUCACCAGCCCUCCCCCAAUAUCCACAGGUGACACCACCCCUCUUCCUGUCACCGACGCUUCCUUAGUAUCCACAGGUGACACCACCCCUCGUCCUGUCACCAGCCCUUCCUCAGCAUCCACAGGUCACACCACCCCUCUUCCUGUCACCGACGCUUCCUUACUGUCCACAGGUGACACCACCCCUCUUCCUGUCACUGACGCUUCCUCAGUAUCCGCAGGUCACACCACCCGUCUUCCUGUCACCGACGCUUCCUCAGUAUCCACAGGUGACACCACCCUUCUUCCUGUCACCGACGCUUCCUCAGUAUCCACAGGUCACACCACCCCUCUUCCUGUCACCAGCCCUUCCUCAGCAUACACAGGUCACACCACCCCUCUUCCUGUCACCGACGCUUCCUCAGUAUCCACAGGUGACACCACCCCUGUUCCUGUCACCAGCCCUUCCUCAGCAUCCACAGGUCACACCACCCCUCUUGCUGUCACCGACGCUUCAUCAGCAUCCACAGGUGACACCACCCCUCUUCCUGUCAUCGAUGCUUCCUCAGCAUCCACAGGUCACCCCACCUCUCUUCCUGUCACCGAUGUUUCCUCAGUAUCCACAGGUGACACCACCCCUCUUCCUGUCACCAGCCCUUCCUCAGCAUCCACAGGUGACAUCACCCCUCUUCCUGUCACCAGCCCUUCCUCAGUAUCCACAGGUGACACGACCCCUCUUGCUGUCACCGACGCUUCCUCAGUAUCCACAGGUGACACCACCCCUGUUCCUGUCACCAGCCCUUCCUCAGUAUCCACAGGGGACACCACCCCUCUUCCUGUCACCGACACUUCCUCAGUAUCGACAGAUGACAUCACCGCUCUUCCUGUCACCAGCCCUUCCUCAGUAUCCACAGGUGACACCACCCCUCUUCCUGUCACCGACGCUUCCUCAGUAUCCACAGGUGACACCACCCCUCUUCCUGUCGCCAGCCCUUCCUCAGCAUCCACAGGUGACACCACCCCUGUUCCUGUCACCAGCCCUUCCUCAGUAUCCACAGGUCACACCACCCCUCUUCCUGUCACUGACGCUUCCUCAGUAUCCACACGUCACGCCACCUCUCUUCCUGUCACUGACGCUUCCUCAGUAUCCACAGGUCACACCACCCCUCUUCCUGUCACCAGCCCUUCCUCAGCAUCCACAGGUGACACCACCCCUCUUCCUGUCACCGAUGCUUCCUCAGUAUCCGCAGGUCACACCACACAUCUUCCUGUCACCAGCCCUUCCUCAGUAUCCGCAGGCCACACCACCCCUCUUCCUGUCACCGACGCUUCCUCAGUAUCCACAGGUGACACCACCCCUCUUCCUGUCACUGAUGCUUCCUCAGUGUCUACAGGUCACGCCACCCCUCUUCCUGUCACUGACACUUCCUCAGUAUCCACAGUUCAUGCCACCUCUCUUCCUGUCACCGACGCUUCCUCAGGAUCCACAGGUCACACCACCCGUCUUCUUGUCACCAGCGCUUCCUCAGCAUCCACAGGUGACAGCACCCCUCUUCCUGUCACCGACGCUGCCUCAGUAUCCACAGGUGACACCACCCCUCUUCCUGUCACCAGCCCUUCCUCAAUAUCCACAGGUGACACCACCGCUCUUCCUGUCACCGAAGCUUCCUUAGCAUCCACAGGUGACACCACCCCUCUUCCUGUCACCGACGCUUCCUCAGUAUCCACAGGUAACACCACCACUCUUCCUGUCACUAGCCCUUCCUCAGCAUCCACAGGUGACGCCACCUCUCUUCCUGUCACCGACGCUUCCUCAGUAUCCACAGGUCACGCCACCCCUCCUCCUGUCACCGACGCUUCCUCAGUAUCCACAGGUCACGCCACCUCUCUUCUUGUCACCAGCCCUUCCUCAGCAUCCACAGGUCACACCACCCCUCUUCCUGUCACCAGCCCUUCCUCAGUAUCCACAGGUGACACCACCCUUCUUCCUGUCACCGACGCUUCCUCAGUAUCCACAGGUCACACCACCCCUCUUCCUGUCACCAGCCCUUCCUCAGCAUACACAGGUCACACCACCCCUCUUCCUGUCACCGACGCUUCCUCAGUAUCCACAGGUGACACCACCCCUCUUCCUGUCACCAGCCCUUCCUCAGCAUCCACAGGUCACACCACCCCUCUUGCUGUCACCGACGCUUCAUCAGCAUCCACAGGUGACACCACCCCUCUUCCUGUCACCGAUGCUUCCUCAGCAUCCACAGGUCACACCACCCCUCUUCCUGUCACCGACGCUUCCUCAGUAUCCACAGGUCACACCACCGCUCUUCCUGUCACCAGCCCUUCCUCAGUAUCCACAGGUCACGCGACCCCUCUUCCUGUCACCAGCCCUUCCUCAGUAUCCACAGGUCACGCCACCCCUCUUCCUGUCACUGACGCUUCCUCAGCAUCCACAGGUCACACCACCCCUCUUCCUGUCACCGAUGCUUCCUCAGUAUCCACAGGUGACAACACACCUCUUCCUGUCACUGACGCUUCCUCAGUAUCCACAGGUGACACCACCCCUCUUCCUGUCACCAGCCCUUCCUCAGUAUCCACAGGUGACACCACCCCUCUUCCUGUCACCGACGCUUCCUCAGUAUCCACAGGUGACACCAUCCCUCUUCCUGUCACCAGCCGUUCCUCAGCAUCCACAGGUGACACCACCCCUGUUCCUGUCACCAGCCUUUCCUCAGUAUCCACAGGUCACACCACCCCUCUUCCUGUCACCAGCCCUCCCCCAAUAUCCACAGGUGACACCACACCUCUUCCUGUCACUGACGCUUCCUCAGUAUCCACAGGUCACACCACCCCUCUUCCUGUCACCAGCCCUCCCCCAAUAUCCACAGGUGACACCACCCCUCUUCCUGUCACCGACGCUUCCUUAGUAUCCACAGGUGACACCACCCCUCGUCCUGUCACCAGCCCUUCCUCAGCAUUCACAGGUCACACCACCCCUCUUCCUGUCACUGACGCUUCCUCAGUAUCCACAGGUCACACCACCCCUCUUCCUGUCACCAGCCCUCCCCCAAUAUCCACAGGUGACACCACCCCUCUUCCUGUCACCGACGCUUCCUUAGUAUCCACAGGUGACACCACCCCUCGUCCUGUCACCAGCCCUUCCUCAGCAUCCACAGGUCACACCACCCCUCUUCCUGUCACCGACGCUUCCUUACUGUCCACAGGUGACACCACCCCUCUUCCUGUCACUGACGCUUCCUCAGUAUCCGCAGGUCACACCACCCGUCUUCCUGUCACCGACGCUUCCUCAGUAUCCACAGGUGACACCACCCUUCUUCCUGUCACCGACGCUUCCUCAGUAUCCACAGGUCACACCACCCCUCUUCCUGUCACCAGCCCUUCCUCAGCAUACACAGGUCACACCACCCCUCUUCCUGUCACCGACGCUUCCUCAGUAUCCACAGGUGACACCACCCCUGUUCCUGUCACCAGCCCUUCCUCAGCAUCCACAGGUCACACCACCCCUCUUGCUGUCACCGACGCUUCAUCAGCAUCCACAGGUGACACCACCCCUCUUCCUGUCACCGAUGCUUCCUCAGCAUCCACAGGUCACCCCACCUCUCUUCCUGUCACUGAUGUUUCCUCAGUAUCCACAGGUGACACCACCCCUCUUCCUGUCACCAGCCCUUCCUCAGCAUCCACAGGUGACAUCACCCCUCUUCCUGUCACCAGCCCUUCCUCAGUAUCCACAGGUGACACCACCCCUCUUCCUGUCACUGACGCUUCCUCAGCAUCCACAGGUCACACCACCCCUCUUGCUGUCACCGACGCUUCAUCAGCAUCCACAGGUGACAGCACCCCUCUUCCUGUCACCGACGCUUCCUCAGUAUCCACAGGUGACACCACCCCUCUUCCUGUCACCAGCCCUUCCUCAGUAUCCACAGGUGACACCACCCCUCUUCCUGUCACCGACACUUCCUCAGUAUCGACAGAUGACACCACCGCUCUUCCUGUCACCAGCCCUUCCUCAGUAUCCACAGGUCACACCACCCCUCUUCCUGUCGCCAGCCCUUCCUCAGCAUCCACAGGUGACACCACCCCUGUUCUUGUCACCAGCCCUUCCUCAGUAUCCACAGGUCACACCACCCCUAUUCCUGUCACUGACGCUUCCUCAGUAUCCACACGUCACGCCACCUCUCUUCCUGUCACUGACGCUUCCUCAGUAUCCACAGGUGACACCACCCCUCUUCCUGUCACCGAUGCUUCCUCAGUAUCCGCAGGUCACACCACCCAUCUUCCUGCCACCAGCCCUUCCUCAGUAUCCGCAGGUCACACCAUCCCUCUUCCUGUCACUAGCCCUUCCUCAGCAUCCACAGGUGACACCACCCCUCUUCCUGUCACCAGCCCUUCCUCAAUAUCCACAGGUGACACCACCCCUCUUCCUGUCACCGACGCUUCCUUAGUAUCCACAGGUGACACCACCCCUCUUCCUGUCACCGACGCUUCCUCAGUAUCCACAGGUGACACCACCCCUCUUCCUGUCACUAGCCCUUCCUCAGUAUCCACAGGUCACACCACCCCUAUUCCUGUCACUGACGCUUCCUCAGUAUCCACACGUCACGCCACCUCUCUUCCUGUCACUGACGCUUCCUCAGUAUCCACAGGUCACACCACCCCUCUUCCUGUCACCAGCCCUUCCUCAGCAUCCACAGGUGACACCACCCCUCUUCCUGUCACCGAUGCUUCCUCAGUAUCCGCAGGUCACACCACCCAUCUUCCUGCCACCAGCCCUUCCUCAGUAUCCGCAGGUCACACCAUCCCUCUUCCUGUCACUAGCCCUUCCUCAGCAUCCACAGGUGACACCACCCCUCUUCCUGUCACCGACGCUUCCUCAGUAUCCACAGGUGACACCACCCCUCUUCCUGUCACUGAUGCUUCCUCAGUGUCUACAGGUCACGCCACCCCUCUUCCUGUCACUGACACUUCCUCAGUAUCCACAGUUCAUGCCACCUCUCUUCCUGUCACCGACGCUUCCUCAGGAUCCACAGGUCACACCACCCGUCUUCUUGUCACCAGCGCUUCCUCAGCAUCCACAGGUGACAGCACCCCUCUUCCUGUCACCGACGCUGCCUCAGUAUCCACAGGUGACACCACCCCUCUUCCUGUCACCAGCCCUUCCUCAAUAUCCACAGGUGACACCACCGCUCUUCCUGUCACCGAAGCUUCCUUAGUAUCCACAGGUGACACCACCCCUCUUCCUGUCACCGACGCUUCCUCAGUAUCCACAGGUAACACCACCCCUCUUCCUGUCACUAGCCCUUCCUCAGUAUCCACAGGUCACACCACCCCUGUUCCUGUCACCGGCCCUUCCUCAGUAUCCACAGGUCACACCACCCCUCUUCCUGUCACUGACACUUCCUCAGUAUCCACACGUCACGCCACCUCUCUUCCUGUCACUGACGCUUCCUCAGUAUCCACAGGUCACACCACCCCUCUUCUUGUCACCAGCCCUUCCUCAGUAUCCACAGGUGACACCACCCCUCUUCCUGUCACCAGCCCUUCCUCAAUAUCCACAGGUGACACCACCGCUCUUCCUGUCACCGAAGCUUCCUUAGUAUCCACAGGUGACACCACCCCUCUUCCUGUCACCGACGCCUCCUCAGUAUCCACAGGUAACACCACCCCUCUUCCUGUCACUAGCCCUUCCUCAGCAUCCACAGGUGAUGCCACCUCUCUUCCUGUCACCGACGCUUCCUCAGUAUCCACAGGUCACGCCACCUCUCUUCUUGUCACCAGCCCUUCCUCAGCAUCCACAGGUCACACCACCCCUCUUCCUGUCACCAGCCCUUCCUCAGUAUCCACAGGUGACACCACCCCUCUUCCUGUCACCAGCCCUUCCUCAGUAUCCACAGGUGACACCACCCCUCCUCCUGUCACCGACGCUUCCUCAGUAUCCACAGGUGACACCACCCCUCUUCCUGUCACCAGCCCUUCCUCAGCAUCCACAGGUGACACCACCCCUGUUCCUGUCACCAGCCCUUCCUCAGUAUCCACAGGUCACACCACCCCUCUUCCUGUCACUGACACUUCCUCAGUAUCCACACGUCACGCCACCUCUCUUCCUGUCACUGACGCUUCCUCAGUAUCCACAGGUCACACCACCCCUCUUCCUGUCACCAGCCCUUCCUCAGUAUCCACAGCUGACACCACCCCUCUUCCUGUCACCAGCCCUUCCUCAAUAUCCACAGGUGACACCACCGCUCUUCCUGUCACCGAAGCUUCCUUAGUAUCCACAGGUGACACCACCCCUCUUCCUGUCACCGACGCCUCCUCAGUAUCCACAGGUAACACCACCCCUCUUCCUGUCACUAGCCCUUCCUCAGCAUCCACAGGUGAUGCCACCUCUCUUCCUGUCACCGACGCUUCCUCAGUAUCCACAGGUCACGCCACCUCUCUUCUUGUUACCAGCCCUUCCUCAGCAUCCACAGGUCACACCACCCCUCUUCCUGUCACCAGCCCUUCCUCAGUAUCCACAGGUGACACCACCCCUCUUCCUGUCACCAGGCCUUCCUCAGUAUCCACAGGUCACACCACCCCUCUUCCUGUCACUGACGCUUCCUCAGCAUCCACGGGUCACACCACCCCUCUUCCUGUCACCGACACUUCCUCAGUAUCCACAGGUGACACCACCCCUCUUCCUGUCACCAGCCCUUCCUCAGUAUCCACAGGUGACACCACCCCUCCUCCUGUCACCGACGCUUCCUCAGUAUCCACAGGUGACACCACCCCUCUUCCUGUCACCAGCCCUUCCUCAGCAUCGACAGGUGACACCACCCCUGUUCCUGUCACCAGCCCUUCCUCAGUAUCCACAGGUCACACCACCCCUCUUCCUGUCACUGACACUUCCUCAGUAUCCACACGUCACGCCACCUCUCUUCCUGUCACUGACGCUUCCUCAGUAUCCACAGGUCACACCACCCCUCUUCCUGUCACCAGCCCUUCCUCAGUAUCCACAGGUGACACCACCCCUCUUCCUGUCACCAGCCCUUCCUCAAUAUCCACAGGUGACACCACCGCUAUUCCUGUCACCGAAGCUUCCUUAGUAUCCACAGGUGACACCACCCCUCUUCCUGUCACCGACGCUUCCUCAGUAUCCACAGGUAACACCACCCCUCUUCCUGUCACUAGCCCUUCCUCAGCAUCCACAGGUGACGCCACCUCUCUUCCGGUCACCGACGCUUCCUCAGUAUCCACAGGUCACGCCACCCCUCUUCCUGUCACCGACGCUUCCUCAGUAUCCACAGGUCACGCCACCUCUCUUCUUGUCACCAGCCCUUCCUCAGCAUCCACAGGUCACACCACCCCUCUUCCUGUCACCAGCCCUUCCUCAGUAUCCACAGGUGACACCACCCCUCUUCCUGUCACCAGCCCUUCCUCAGUAUCCACAGGUGACACCACCCCUUUUCCUGUCACUGAUGCUUCCUCAGCAUCCACGGGUCACACCACCCCUCUUCCUGUCACCGACACUUCCUCAGUAUCCACAGGUGACACCACCCCUCUUCCUGUCACCAGCCCUUCCUCAGUAUCCACAGGUGACACCACCCCUCCUCCUGUCACCGACGCUUCCUCAGUAUCCACAGGUGACACCACCCCUCUUCCUGUCACCAGCCCUUCCUCAGCAUCCACAGGUGACACCACCCCUGUUCCUGUCACCAGCCCUUCCUCAGUAUCCACAGGUCACACCACCCCUCUUCCUGUCACUGACACUUCCUCAGUAUCCACAGGUCACACCACACAUCUUCCUGUCACCAGCCCUUCCUCAGUAUCCACAGGUGACACCACCCCUCUUUCUGUCACCAGCCCUUCCUCAAUAUCCACAGGUGACACCACCGCUCUUCCUGUCACCGAAGCUUCCUUAGUAUCCACAGGUGACACCACCCCUCUUCCUGUCACCGACGCCUCCUCAGUAUCCACAGGUAACACCACCCCUCUUCCUGUCACUAGCCCUUCCUCAGCAUCCACAGGUGAUGCCACCUCUCUUCCUGUCACCGACGCUUCCUCAGUAUCCACAGGUCACGCCACCUCUCUUCUUGUCACCAGCCCUUCCUCAGCAUCCACAGGUCACACCACCCCUCUUCCUGUCACCAGCCCUUCCUCAGUAUCCACAGGUGACACCACCCCUCUUCCUGUCACCAGGCCUUCCUCAGUAUCCACAGGUGACACCACCCCUCUUCCUGUCACCAGCCCUUCCUCAGCAUCCACAGGUGACACCACCCCUCUUCCUGUCACCAGCCCUUCCUCAGCAUCCACAGGUGACACCACCCCUGUUCCUGUCACCAGCCCUUCCUCAGUAUCCACAGGUCACACCACCCCUCUUCCUGUCACUGACACUUCCUCAGUAUCCACAGGUCACACCACCCCUCUUCCUGUCACCAGCCCUUCCUCAGUAUCCACAGGUGACACCACCCCUCUUCCUGUCACCAGCCCUUCCUCAAUAUCCACAGGUGACACCACCGCUCUUCCUGUCACCGAAGCUUCCUUAGUAUCCACAGGUGACACCACCCCUCUUCCUGUCACUGACGCCUCCUCAGUAUCCACAGGUAACACCACCCCUCUUCCUGUCACUAGCCCUUCCUCAGCAUCCACAGGUCACACCACCCCUCUUCCUGUCACCGACGCUUCCUCAGUAUCCACAGGUCACGCCACCUCUCUUCUUGUCACCAGCCCUUCCUCAGCAUCCACAGGUCACACCACCCCUCUUCCUGUCACCAGCCCUUCCUCAGUAUCCACAGGUGACACCACCCCUCUUCCUGUCACCAGCCCUUCCUCAGUAUCCACAGGUGACACCACCCCUCUUCCUGUCACUGACGCUUCCUCAGCAUCCAUGGGUCACACCACCCCUCUUCCUGUCACCGACACUUCCUCAGUAUCCACAGGUGACACCACCCCUCUUCCUGUCACCAGCCCUUCCUCAGUAUUCACAGGUAACACCACCCCUCCUCCUGUCACCGACGCUUCCUCAGUAUCCACAGGUGACACCACCCCUCUUCCUGUCACCAGCCCUUCCUCAGCAUCCACAGGUGACACGACCCCUGUUGCUGUCACCAGCCCUUCCUCAGUAUCCACAGGUGACACCACCCCUCUUCCUGUCACCGAUGCUUCCUCAGUAUCCGCAGGUCACACCACCCCUCUUCCUGUCACCAGCCCUUCCUCAGCAUCCACAGGUGACACCAUCCCUCUUCCUGUCACUAGCCCUUCCUCAGCAUCCACAGGUGACACCACCCCUCUUCGUGUCACUGACGCUUCCUCAGUGUCCACAGGUGACACCACCCCUCUUCCUGUCACUGAUGCUUCCUCAGUAUCUGCAGGUCACACCACCCAUCUUCCUGUCACCAGCUCUUCCUCAGUAUCCGCAGGUCACACCACCCCUCUUCCUGUCACUAGCCCUUCCUCAGCAUCCACAGGUGACCGCACCCCUCUUCCUGUCACCGACGCUGCCUCAGUAUCCACAGGUGACACCACCGCUCUUCCUGUCAACAGCCCUUCCUCAAUAUCCACAGGUGACACCACCCCUCUUCCUGUCACCGACGCUUCCUCAGUAUCCACAGGUCACACCACCCCUCUUCCUGUCACUAGCCCUUCCUCAGCAUCCACAGGUGACACCACCCCUCUUCCUGUCACCGACGCUUCCUCAGUAUCCACAGGUGACACCACCCCUCUUCCUGUCACUGAUGCUUCCUCAGUGUCUACAGGUCACGCCACCCCUCUUCCUGUCACUGACACUUCCUCAGUAUCCACAGUUGACACCACCCCUCUUCCUGUCAUCAGCCCUUCCUUAGCAUCCACAGGUGACAGCACCCCUCUUCCUGUCACCGACGCUUCCUCAGUAUCCACUGGUGACACCACCCCUCUUCCUGUCACCGACGCUUCCUCAGUAUCCACAGGUCACACCACCCCUCUUGCUGUCACCGACGCUUCCUCAGCAUCCACAGGUGACAACACCCCUCUUCCUGUCACCGACGCUUCCUCAGUAUCCACAGGUCACACCACCCCUCUUCCUGUCACCGACGCUUCCUCAGUAUCCACAGGUGACACCACCCCUCUUCCUGUCACCGACGCUUCCUCAGUAUCCACAGGUGACACCACCCCUCUUCCUGUCACCAGCCCUUCCUCAGUAUCCACAGGUCACACCACCCCUCUUCCUGUCACCGACGCUUCCUCAGUAUCCACAGGUCACGCCACCUCUCUUCUUGUCACCAGCCCUUCCUCGGUAUCCGCAGGUCACACCACCCCUCUUCCUGUCACCGACGCUUCCUCAGUAUCCACAGGUGACACCACCCCUUUUCCUGUCACUGACACUUCCUCAGUAUCCGCAGGUCGCACCACUCCUCUUCCUGUCACCGACGCUUCCUCAGUAUCCACAGGUGACACCACCUGUCUUCCUGUCACUGACGCUUCCUCAGUGUCUACAGGUCACGCCACCCCUCUUCCUGUCACUGACACUUCCUCAGUAUCCACAGGUCACACCACCCCUCUUCCUGUCACCAGCCCUUCCUCAGUAUCCACACGUCACGCCACCUCUCUUCCUGUCACCGACGCUUCCUCAGGAUCCACAGGUCACGUCACCCCUCUUCCUGUCGCCAGCCCUUCCUCAGCAUCCACAGGUCACGCCACCCCUCUUCCUGUCACCGACGCUUCCUCCGCAUCCACAGGUGACACCACCCCUCUUCCUGUCACCGACGCUUCCUCAGUGUCCACAGGUCACACCACCCCUCUUCCUGUCACCAGCCCUUCCUCAGCAUCCACAGGUCACACCACCCCUCUUCUUGUCACCAGCCCUUCCUCAGCAUCCACAGGUCACACUACCCCUCUUCCUGUCACCGACGCUUCCUCAGUAUCCACAGGUCACGCCACCUCUCUUCUUGUCACCAGCCCUUCCUCAGUAUCCGCAGGUCACACCACCCCUCUUCCUGUCACCGACGCUUCCUCAAUAUCCACAGGUGACACCAUCCCUCUUCCUGUCACCAGCCCUUCCUCGGUAUCCACAGGUCACACCACCCCUCUUCCUGUCACUGACGCUUCCUCAUCAUCCACAGGUGACACCACCCCUCUUCCUGUCACCAGCCCUUCCUCAGUAUCCACAGGUCACUCCACCCCUCUUCCUGUCACUGACACUUCCUCAGUAUCCACAGGUCGCACCACCCCUCUUCCUGUCACCGACGCUUCCUUGGUAUCCACAGGUGACACCACCCCUCUUCCUGUCACCAGCCCUUCCUCAGUAUCCGCAGGUCACACCACCCCUCUUCCUGUCACUGACACUUCCUCAGCAUCCACAGGAGACACCACCGCUCUUCCUGUCACCGACGCUUCCUCAGUAUCCACAGGUGACACCACCCCUCUUCCUGUCACCAGCCCUUCCUCAGUGUCCACAGGUCACGCCACCCCUCUUCCUGUCACCGACGCUUCCUCAGUGUCCACAGGUCACGCCACCCCUCUUCCUGUCACCAGCCCUUCCUCAGUGUCCACAGGUCACGCCACCCCUCUUCCUGUCACCGACGCUUCCUCAGUGUCCACAGGUCACGCUACCCCUCUUCCUGUCAGCAGUGCUACCUCAGCUUCCACAGUAUCCUCGGACUCCCCUCUGAAGAGGGAAACAUCAGGAAUGAUAACACCGUCACUGAAGACAGACGGUGGGAGACGCACAGCCACAUCACCACCCCCCACAACCUCCGAGACCAUCAUUUCCACCACUCCCAGCACUGCCAUGCACACCCGCUCCACAGCUGCCCCCAUCCCCAUCCUGCCUGAGAAAGGAGUUUCCCUCUUCCCCUAUGGGGCAGGCGCCGGGGACCUGGAGUUCGUCAGGAGGACCGUGGACUUCACCUCCCCACUCUUCAAGCCGGCGACUGGCUUCCCCCUUGGCUCCUCUCUCCGUGAUUCCCUCUACUUCACAGACAAUGGCCAGAUCAUCUUCCCAGAGUCAGACUACCAGAUUUUCUCCUACCCCAACCCACUCCCAACAGGCUUCACAGGCCGGGACCCUGUGGCCCUGGUGGCUCCGUUCUGGGACGAUGCUGACUUCUCCACUGGUCGGGGGACCACAUUUUAUCAGGAAUACGAGACGUUCUAUGGUGAACACAGCCUGCUAGUCCAGGAGGCCGAGUCUUGGAUUAGAAAGAUCGCAAACAACGGGGGCUACAAGGCCAGGUGGACCCUAAAGGUCACGUGGGUCAAUGCCCACGCCUAUCCUGCCCAGUGGACCCUCGGGAGCAACACCUACCAAGCCAUCCUCUCCACGGACGGGAGCAGGUCCUAUGCCCUGUUUCUCUACCAGAGCGGUGGGAUGCAGUGGGACGUGGCCCAGCGCUCAGGCAACCCGGUGCUCAUGGGCUUCUCCAGUGGAGAUGGCUAUUUCGAAAACAGCCCACUGAUGUCCCAGCCAGUGUCGGAGAGGUAUCGCCCUGAUAGAUUCCUGAAUUCCAACUCAGGCCUCCGAGGGCUGCAGUUCUACAGGCUACACCGGGAAGAAAGGCCCAACUACCGUCUCGAGUGCCUGCAGUGGCUGAAGAGCCAGCCUCGGUGGCCCAGCUGGGGCUGGAACCAGAUCUCCUGCCCUUGUUCCUGGCAGCAGGGACGACGGGACUUACGAUUCCAACCCGUCAGCAUAGGUCGCUGGGGCCUCGGCAGCAGGCAGCUGUGCAGCUUCACCUCCUGGCGAGGAGGCGUGUGCUGCAGCUACGGGCCCUGGGGAGAGUUUCGUGAAGGCUGGCAUGUGCAGCGUCCUUGGCAGUUGGCCCAGGAACUGGAGCCGCAGAGCUGGUGCUGCCGCUGGAAUGACAAGCCCUACCUCUGUGCCCUGUACCAGCAGAGGCGGCCCCACGUGGGCUGUGCUACAUACAGGCCCCCACGGCCUGCCUGGAUGUUCGGGGACCCCCACAUCACCACCUUGGAUGGUGUCAGUUACACCUUCAAUGGGCUGGGGGACUUCCUGCUGGUUGGGGCCCAGGACGGGAACUCCUCCUUCCUGCUUCAGGGCCGCACCGCCCAGACUGGCUCAGCCCAGGCCACCAACUUCAUCGCCUUUGCAGCUCAGUACCGCUCCAGCAGUCUGGGCCCCGUCACGGUCCAAUGGCUCCUUGAGCCUCACGACGCAAUCCGUGUCCUGCUGGAUAACCAGACUGUGACAUUUCAGCCUGACCAUGAAGACGGCGGAGGCCAGGAGACGUUCAACGCCACCGGAGUCCUCCUGAGCCGCAACGGCUCUGAGGUCUCGGCCAGCUUCGACGGCUGGGCCACCGUCUCGGUGAUCGCGCUCUCCAACAUCCUCCAUGCCUCCGCCAGCCUCCCGCCCGAGUACCAGAACCGCACGGAGGGGCUCCUGGGGGUCUGGAAUAACAAUCCGGAGGACGACUUCAGGAUGCCCAAUGGCUCCACCAUUCCCCCAGGGAGCCCUGAGGAGAUGCUUUUCCACUUUGGAAUGACCUGGCAGAUCAACGGGACAGGCCUCCUUGGCAAGAGGAAAGACCAGCUGCCUUCCAACUUCACCCCUGUUUUCUACUCACAACUGCAAAAAAACAGCUCCUGGGCUGAACAUUUGAUCUCCAACUGUGACGGAGACAGCUCAUGCAUCUAUGACACCCUGGCCCUGAGCAACGCAAGCAUCGGACUUCACACGAGGGAAGUCAGUAAAAACUACGAGCAGGCGAACGCCACCCUCAAUCAGUACCCGCCCUCCAUCAAUGGUGGUCGUGUGGUUGAAGCCUACAAGGGACAGACCACGCUGAUUCAGUACACCAGCAAUGCUGAGGAUGCCAACUUCACACUCAGAGACAGCUGUACCGACUUUGAGCUCUUUGAGAAUGGGACAUUGCUGUGGACACCCAAGUCGCUGGAGCCAUUCACUCUGGAGAUUCUAGCAAGAAGUGCCAAGAUUGGCUUGGCAUCUGCACUCCAGCCCAGGACCGUGGUCUGCCAUUGCAAUGCAGAGAGCCAGUGUUUGUACAACCAGACCAGCAGGGUGGGCAACUCCUCCCUGGAGGUGGCUGGCUGCAAGUGUGACGGGGGCACCUUCGGCCGCUACUGCGAGGGCUCCGAGGAUGCCUGUGAGGAGCCGUGCUUCCCGAGUGUCCACUGCGUUCCUGGGAAGGGCUGCGAGGCCUGCCCUCCAAACCUGACUGGGGAUGGGCGGCACUGUGCGGCUCUGGGGAGCUCUUUCCUGUGUCGGAACCAGUCCUGCCCUGUGAAUUACUGCUACAAUCAAGGCCACUGCUACAUCUCCCAGACUCUGGGCUGUCAGCCCACGUGCACCUGCCCCCCGGCCUUCACUGACAGCCGCUGCUUCCUGGCUGGGAACAACUUCAGUCCAACUGUCAACCUAGAACUUCCCUUAAGAGUCAUCCAGCUCUUGCUCAGUGAAGAGGAAAAUGCCUCCAUGGCAGAGGUCAACGCCUCGGUGGCAUACAGACUGGGGACCCUGGACAUGCGGGCCUUUCUCCGCAACAGCCAAGUGGAACGAAUCGAUUCCACAGUACCGGCCUCGGGAAGCCCUGUCCAACACUGGAUGGUCAUCUCGGAGUUCCAGUACCGCCCUCGGGGCCCGGUCAUUGACUUCCUGAACAACCAGCUGCUGGCCGCGGUGGUGGAGGCGUUCUUAUACCACGUUCCACGGAGGAGUGAGGAGCCCAGGAACGACGUGGUCUUCCAGCCCAUCUCCAAGGAAGACGUACGCGAUGUGUCAGCCUUGAACGUGAGCACGCUGAAGGCUUACUUCAGAUGCGAUGGCUACAAGGGCUACGACCUGGUCUACAGCCCCCAGAGCGGCUUCACCUGCGUGUCCCCGUGCAGUAGGGGCUACUGUGACCAUGGAGGCCAGUGCCAGCACCUGCCCAGUGGGCCCCGCUGCAGCUGUGUGUCGUCCUCCAUCUACACGGCCUGGGGCGAGCACUGUGAGCACCUGAGCAUGAAACUCGACGCGUUCUUCGGCAUCUUCUUUGGGGCCCUGGGCGGCCUCUUGCUGCUGGGGGUCGGGACGUUCGUGGUCCUUCGCUUCUGGGGUUGCUCCGGGGCCAGGUUCUCCUAUUUCCUGAACUUAGCUGAGGCCUUGCCUUGAAGGGGCAGCUGUGGCCUAGGCUACCUCAAGACUCACCUCAUCCUUACUGCACAUUUAAGGCGCCAUUGCUUUUGGGAGACUGGAAAAGGGAAGGUGACUGAAGGCUGUCAGGAUUCUUCAAGGAGAGUGAAUACUGGGAAUCAAGACAAGACUAUACCUUAUCCAUAGGCGCAGGUGCACAGGGGGAGGCCAUAAAGAUCAAACAUGCAUGGAUGGGUCCUCACGCAGACACACCCACAGAAGGACACUAGCCUGUGCACGCGCGCGUGCAUACACACACACACACACACAAAAGCGUUCAUAAUGUGGUGAUGGCCCUAAGUUAAGCAAAAUGCUUCUGCACACAAAACUCUCUGGUUUACUUCAAAUUAACUCUAUUUAAAUAAAGUCUCUCUGACUUUUUGUGUCUUCAAAACCAGGAAUUCCAUUCCUGAUUUUCUUCUGGUGGCCGAAGGGCUGGACACAGGCUUCUCCCAACCAUCAGAGGGCACAGAGUGUGGAGGUUAAGUGCUGGGCAGGCAGUGGAGCAGUAG